UGGCAAUGCAGCACGCUCCUCCCAGAGGCCGACGUUGAGGGAGAGGCGCCGCGAUUUCAAAUUCCGUAGCGUUAUGCUCAGACUCCUCAACUCCUCCCUGGCCUGGACUUCGCGAAGCAGUCCCUCGGGCGAAGACGAUCUUCCCAGCAGGCUUCAGUGAGGUAGCUGUGCCAGGCAAAGGCUGCACUGUGGAGAUGUGAGAGAACCGUCCUGCAGAGGUAGCCAGGAGCGACAUCCUUGACAUCAGGGGCACAGGUCUCUGAGAGGAAGUCUGUGCACUUUUCCUGGAGGCAUUAGAAGGGUGUCUAAAAAGCGAAAUAAUCCCAGGACCAUGGCUAAUAAAACCCAGGAAGAUGGUGGCAUCCAUUUCCCUUUUCCCUUCACACCCUAUUCCAUCCAGAAAGACUUCAUGGCUGAGCUCUAUCGGGUGUUGGACGCUGGCAAGAUUGGAAUAUUUGAGAGUCCAACUGGCACUGUCCUCAUAUCUUUGUUGUGUCUUCAGCUACCAUCACAUUCUGACCCUGUCUGCAUCUCACCUCUGGGAAAAUCUUUAAGUCUGAUUUGUGGGGCCCUUUCCUGGCUCCGUGACUUUGAACAGAAGAAACAUAAAGAAGAAGCACGUCUCCUUGAAACUGGAACUGUCCCCUUAAGUGAUGGGAAGGAUCAGCCCCCAUUUCUUUCAUCCUCCUGCAAAGAGACCCCAGACACCCUGAGGCCUGCCGGAGAGCCUGACUGGGUGACUCAGUUUGUGCAGAAGAAAGAAGAAAGGGACCUGGUGGACCGGCUGAAGGAGGAGCAGGUCAGGCGGAAGAAGCGAGAAGAGCGCCUGCAGCAGAUCCGUCACAAUGCACAGCUCAAGUAUGCAGCCAAGCGCAUGAGACGGGAAGAAGAAGAAAUGGAGCGUCUCCUCCACCUCAGCAGGGAGAUGCUAGCAGAAGGAACAGGGACCGAGCCCCUAGAGCAGCUGGUAUGUGGGGACGAGGAGCUGGUCCUUGCCGAGUACGAGAGCGAUGAGGAGAAGGGAGCAGCUCGUGGAGUGGACGAGGAGGAGGAGGAGGAGGACCUGGAGGAAGAACACGUAACUAAGAUUUACUACUGCAGUCGGACGCACUCCCAGCUGGCCCAGUUUGUGCACGAGGUGCAGAGAAGCCCCUUUGGCAAGGACACCCGGCUUGUCUCCCUCGGCUCUCGGCAGAAUCUUUGUAUAAAUGAAGAUGUGAAAAACCUGGGUUCUGCGCAGCUUAUCAAUGACCGCUGCAUGGAGAUGCAGAGAAGUAAACACGAGAAGAGCAGAGCUGAGGAUGAGAAGCCCAAGAGGAGAAGGCAGGAGCACCAGGCCGCAUGCCCCUUCUACAGCUAUGAGCAGCUGCAGCUCCUCCGAGAUGAGGUCCUGGUGGGGGUGAAGGACAUCGAGCAGCUGGUGUCCCUGGGGAAGGAGGCUCGGGCCUGUCCCUAUUACGGGAGCCGGUUUGCCAUUCCAGCAGCCCAGCUCGUGGUGCUGCCCUACCAGAUGCUGCUGCACGGGGCCACCCGCCAGGCCGCAGGGAUCCGGCUGCAGGGACAGGUGGUAGUCAUUGACGAGGCUCACAACCUGAUUGACACCAUCACGGGCAUCUACAGUGCAGAGGUCAGCGGUUCCCAGUUCUGCCAGGCCCAUUCCCAGUUGCUCCAGUAUAUGGAACGAUAUGGGAAGCGUCUGAAGGCCAAGAACUUGAUGUACAUCAAACAGCUCCUGUAUCUGUUGGAGCAGUUUGUGACUGUGUUGGGAGGAAACAUUAAGCAAAAUCCCAACACACAGAGCCUUUCGCAAACAGGGACAGAGCUGAAGACCAUCAAUGACUUUCUCUUUCAGAGCCAGAUCGACAACAUCAACUUGUUCAAGGUGCGGCGCUACUGUGAAAAGAGCAUGGUCAGCAGAAAGCUCUUUGGCUUCACAGAAAGGUAUGGCACGGUCCUUGCAUCCUCCAGGGAGCAGUCCAGACUGGCUGGGUUCCAGCACUUCCUACAGAGCCUGCAGCCCGCAUUGACCGAGAAUGAGUCAAGAGGGGGAGACAGGGCUGCAGCUCCCGUGCCCCACGGAGAUGAGGGAGAGGCCAGGGUGCCACGGUCUGCUUCCCCGCUGAUGCACAUCGAAGGCUUCCUUGCAGCCCUCACCACUGCCAACCAGGAUGGCAGGGUCAUCCUGAACCGCCAAGGAAGUCUUAGUCAGAGCAGCCUCAAAUUCCUGCUCCUGAAUCCAGCCGUGCACUUUGCCCAAGUGGUGAAGGAAUGCCGGGCAGUGGUCAUUGCAGGCGGCACCAUGCAGCCGGUGUCUGACUUUCGGGAGCAGCUGCUGGCAUGUGCUGGGGUAGAAGCUGAGCGAGUGGUGGAGUUUUCCUGUGGUCACGUGAUCCCUCCAGACAACAUCCUGCCCCUCGUCAUCUGCAGCGGGCCCUCCAGCCAGCAGUUGGAGUUCACAUACCAGAAGAGAGAACUGCCUCAGAUGAUGGAUGAGACGGGUCGUAUUCUCUAUAACCUGUGCAAUGUGGUCCCUGGAGGGGUGGUCUGUUUCUUCCCCUCCUAUGAGUACCAACGCCAGGUCCAUGCCCACUGGGAUAAGAGUGGUCUGCUGGCCCGCCUGGCUGUCAGGAAAAAGAUAUUUCAGGAACCCAAGAGAGCGAACCAGGUGGAGCAGGUGCUGCUGGAGUAUUCCAGGUGCAUUAAGUGCUGUGGCCAUGCGGGAGGCACAGUGACAGGUGCUCUGCUCCUCUCCGUGGUUGGAGGAAAGAUGAGUGAAGGCAUUAACUUCUCUGACGACCUUGGCCGGUGUGUAGUUAUGGUAGGCAUGCCCUACCCCAACAUCAAGUCUCCAGAGCUACAAGAGAAGAUGGCCUACCUGGAUCAGACUCUUCCCAGAAUCCCAGGUCAGCCCCCACCAGGGAAGGCUUUGGUGGAGAAUCUGUGUAUGAAGGCUGUCAACCAAUCUAUAGGCAGGGCCAUCAGGCACCAGAAGGAUUUUGCCAGCAUAGUGCUCCUGGAUCACCGGUAUGCCCGCCCACCUAUCCUGGGAAAGCUGCCAGCCUGGAUCCGAGACCGCGUAGAGGUCAAAGCCACCUUUGGCCCUGCCUUUGCUGCUAUGAGGAAGUUUCACCGCGAGAGGCCUGGCCCCUCCUGAUGGAUGACCCACCACCGCCUGAGUGCCAGGCUCUUCCUUCCCACUGCCCACUUGAAGUGUUGGGGAGUGUGGGGAGCCAGCCUAAGAAGGUGAUACCCAGGUGGAGACCAGACCAACCCCUUUCUGGAGUCAGUGGGCUGCCAGGACUGGGCACAGGUAGAAAAACCAGUAGGAGAAAAAUCGAGUCGAUCUGAAGAAACAGUGGGUCCUGGCCAUCCUCGGGCCCACCCCGGGGCAGUUGUUCCCCUCCCUGGAAUUGAAUGUUUGUCCAUGCAGCAUGGCCCAGAGUCAAGCUUCCUGCCCUGUUCAACUGCACUAUCUCUGGCCUAGCAGUCUCUCAGUGGCCACCUUCUCAGGCAGGCCCUCCUGCCUUUCCCCCCUUCUGGCUACAGUUAGCUGUUCUAGACCUUCACCCUCUCUUCAAAACUAAGAAUUUUCCCUAUUUCCAGCUUCCUGGUGCCCAUAGGGCUCUUUCUGCACCCCUCAACCCUACCUUCUUUCUCUAUGUUGUUAAGAACUGGGAAGGGGCGCCUGGGUGGCUCAGUUAAGCAUCUGACUUUGGCUCAGGUCAUGAUCUCGCGGUCCGUGAGUUCAAGCCCCAUGUCAGGCUCUGUGCUGACAGCUC